UUGAAUUACUGUCAGGUCCCACAUUGUCUUCACCGCAUAGUUCAAGUCCCUUACGUGGUCAGACUGCUAAUAAGGUAUGUCUCCCUGCAAUAUUGUAAACUAUAGUGAGGUUAGCAAGGUAUGUGAAUUCAGUUGGUCAUGCAGGACAACGAUUGGGAAUUUUUUGUACUAAGCGAUUUUUUGAAUGAGGAAGGGAGACGUGAUGUUCCAAGUGAGAUGCAAAUGUAUUCUGAACUAGGUCUCAAUGAAGAGGUCAAGGCAAAGGAAAAUCAAAGAGAUGAAUCCGUUUUAGGUGGUACUAGUAAUUUGGAUCAAUCGGAGCCUAUUAAUUUUGGAGACAAUAGUAUAGACCAACCAAUGGAGGACUUCCUACCAAAUGAGAAGAGGGUUGUGUAUGAUAAAAUGAAUCCGUCAAUGCAACCUGGUAGUUUGUUUCCCAACAUGAAAGAAUUUCGAAUUGCUAUGAGGCAAUAUGCCAUAAAACAUGAGUUCGAGCUAGGGAUAGAGGUAACUUCUACUACCAGAUACGUCGGAUAUUGUAAAGGUGAUGAUUGCCAUUGGAGGAUUUAUGCACGGGAAGAAAAGAAAGGUUUACCGACCAUUGUGGUUGCUGUAUUGCGUGAUACGCAUACUUGCACAUCUAGUGGAAGGAGGAAGACGACUACACCAAGUUGUGGAUGGGUAGCUUUUCACGCUUUACCACUUCUUAUGAAGAAACCCCAGAUGGGUGCCAAGGAAUUGAAAGAUACACUUGAAGGAAUUCACAAUGUCACUAUUGGGUACGACACAGUUUGGAAGGGCAAGGAGAAGGCAUUACAAGAGUUGUUUGGCACUUGGGAGGAGAGUUUCAAGCUCUUAUUCUCUUGGCGGGAGGCAGUCCUUGCUAAGGAGCCUGACAGCAUUAUAGAGAUCGAUGUGGUGUUAGAGGAUGGGAAGUACUAUUUCAACCGUUUCUUUUGUGCCUUAGGACCUUGCAUCUCAGGGUUUAGGGAUGGUUGUAGACCAUACAUAAGUGUCGACUCGACCGCACUGAACGGUAGAUGGAAUGGCCAGCUUGCUUCAGCAACCGGUGUGGAUGGCCAUAAUUGGAUGUUUCCUAUAGCAUUUGGGUUUUUCCAAACUGAGACAGUUGAAAGUUGGAUUUGGUUCAUGUCCCAAUUAAAGAAGGCUGUUGGAGAACAUGGAGUACUAGCUAUUUGUUCGGACGCUCAAAAAGGCUUAAUGCAUGCAGUGACACAUUGUUUCCCUUAUGCUGAGAAGAGAGAGUGCUUCCGACAUCUCAUGAACAACUAUGUCAAAAGCUACUCAGGUUCCGAACACAUGUAUCCAGCUGCAAGGGCAUAUAGGAGGGAAGUGUUUGAGCACCAUGUCAGCCAAGUAAGAAGUAUUCCUAAGAUAGCUGAAUAUUUGGAUCAACAUCACAAUUUUCUUUGGUACAGGAGUGGUUUCGACCCAUCUAUUAAAUGUGAUUACAUAACAAAUAACAUGGCUGAGGUCUUUAACAACUGGGUGAAGGAUCACAAGGACCUACCUAUUUGUGACUUAGCUGAUAAGAUUCGAGAGAUGACCAUGGAGUUGUUUCAUCGAAGGAGAAAGAUAGGGGAAAGACUGCAGGGAUUGAUCUUGCCAUCCGUUAUGGCUACACUGAAAGCUCAGACUAGAGGAUUGGGCCAUUUGACAAUUGUAAAAAGUGACAAUUACUUGGCAGAGGUGAGGGAUAGUAAUAAUUGUUUGACAAAACAUGUGGUGAAGGCAGAGUCGAGACAAUGUUCUUGUGAAGAGUGGCAGCACACAGGAAAACCUUGUCAACAUGGAUUGACAGUGAUUAUUGCCCAGGAUGUAAGAAAUGUUGCUAUGGAGAACUUUGUUGAUGAGUAUUAUUCUGUAGACAAGUUUAGAAAAGCUUACAUGGGUAGGAUUCAACCUAUUGGUGACCGUUCUUUUUGGCCGAAGGUGGAUUUUUCAAAGGAGGUAUGUGCACCAAUGGCUAAAAGAACGGUUGGACGACAAAGGAAAAACAGAAUGAAGAGUUGUCUAGAGGGUGGCAGUGGGACAAAAAGAAAGGUCACACAGAAUGCUCAAGGAACAACUAAGAUAAAAAGACAGUACACUUGUCCAAGCUGUGGUCAACUAGGUCAUCGGAAGACCAGUUAUAAAUGCCCUUUGAAUGGAACAAAGAAGAGGAAGAGGAAACCAAGGAAGAAUACUACGAAAAAUUAGAUCCCGAAAGAGUUGCGGACUUCUACAUCACAACCUAGUACUUCAAAUAAAGAUGUAGAAACUGGUGGCGAUGAACUAGUGCUUGUUCAAACCGGUGGCCAAGCAGACAGCAAUGCUGAUGCAGAUCUAGUGCUUGUUCAAACCGGUGGCCAUGAAGACAGCAAUGCUGAUGCAGAUCUAGUCCGUGUUGAAACUGGUGGCCAAGCAGAACUUGUGCGUGUUGAAACCCCUCCUAGUUAUCCACCCAGAAGUUUGAAGUGGCUUGUGAAGAAAAUUACUCCGAGGAAGAAAAUGAAGCGUGAUGUGCAAAGGGAGUAGCUAGAAGUGGCUUGUGAAAUCUGUGAAACAAUCUGUUUUCUGUUCUCCACCCAGAAGCGUGAAGCGUGAAGUGGCUUGUGAAAUCUGUUUCUAUCCGUUUGUGAACAAUCUGUUUUCUGUUUGUAUCCGUUUGUGAAAUCUGUUUGUAUCCGUUUGUGAACAAUAUGUUUUCUGUUUUCUAUUAAAAGUUCUAGUAAAAGUUCUGUUUUCUGUUUUCUGGAGACUGCCAAAACAGCUGUGAAAACAUGUAAACAUGAAGAAAGUUCUGUUUUC